AGUCAGGGCUCAGGGAUCGCCUCAGCUGACAUCUCCCGCGCGCGGCGAGAACUUCUCGGCGUCAGAUUCCGAACAGCGAGCCAGCAUGGCGGCAGAACUCGAGGAGCCGAAGAAGCCGCAGACCGCCUAUUGGAUCUGGCUGGGUGAGAAUCGCGACGCGCUGACGAAGGAGGCUGGUACCAUGAAGGGCAGCGUCGUCGCCAAGCUCGGGGGCGAGAAGUGGAAGGGACUGUCGGCGACGGCCAAGAAGCCCUUCGAGGAUCGGUCGGCGAAGCUGAAGGCUGACUACGACACGGCCAUGGAGAAGUUCAAGGCCAGCGGGGGCCAGGUGGGCAAGCGGCGCCUGGAGAAGAAGGAGGCCAAGGACGCCAAGGCCGACAAGAAGGCGAAGAAGGAGGCCCGCAAGGCGUCCUUAAAGCCUGCGCGGCCAGCGAGCGCCUAUUGGCUCUGGCUCGGCGAGAACCGCGAGGCGCUCGCGAAGGAGGCCGGCACCGCGAAGCCCCCGGUCGUCGCCAAGCUCGCGGGCGAGAAGUGGAAGGCCCUGGCGGCGGCGGCCAAGAAACCGUUCGAGGCGAAGGCCGCUGAGCUGAAGGCCGCGUACGACAAGGCCCUGCAGGAGUGGAAGAGCAGCGGCGGCGGCGAGGACGUGGGGGGGCCGCACCCAUGUGCUUCACGCCGCCUGUCCGGCCGAGGAGCCAAGAGCUGUUCGGCGCUGGAGCCGGCUCGGGGGCUGAGGUGAGGCAUCGGUGGUUCCAGCCGUUGAGAGAGGGGGAGGGGCACCACGGUACACAGGUGUCGUUCUUUGUCCUCUCUGGGCCGCCUUGGGUACUGAAUGGCGAAUCUGCUCCCUUUCCCCUCCUCACUGGUUUUGCUGGUGCCCAUCCAGAAAAGACCUCCCAGCCGCUUGCAAGUUCGGCGCAGGAAUCCGGUGAAUGGGCGGUCCAGCGUCCCAGAGGUUGGGAAGCUGGCGCGUCUAUGCACUCAGCUCCUUGGCCGACCAGGCGGUUCAGUGUACACUUUCGAGCCCCUCCCAGGACGAGGACGGCGAGGACGACGAGGAGACGGCGGUCCUCGGCGGAGCCUGAUUGGCCGACCUGGCUCUGAGCGUGGCGCGGGCCUCCCUCGACCUCCGCGCCAGUUCGCCAGUUUCAGCUCCCAUUUCGGAGGAGGAGAAGGUACCUGAUGCCGCUACCUUUCCCUCGUUUUCGCUUUUUCGAGCCCCUGGGGAUGCCCUCGUCAUCACGGCUAGAUUCGCCUCGAACUUCUGGUCAGAACCCACCCUGGGAGAGUCAAAGUCGGGGAGCAGCGGUGUCAGUAUCUUUUUGGUUUCCCCACCAUUCUCCCCGAGGGAUGUUCGUGUGAUGAUCUGGUUCUCAUGGCUGGAGGGUGCGUGGUCAAGCACGGCCCUUAGGUCGCGGGAACUUUUUUUGUUGCGCUGGCGAUGCAAUGUACUCCACGUUUCUUGACUGGCCGACAAGUUAAACAAACAG